AUGGGGGUCAAGAAAAGACCGUUUUCUGGUGGUAAUGGUCCUCGAUCGAGAGUUAAAAGACCCGACUCAUAUGAUCAAUCCUCACUGGUCGCUACAUACCGCUUUUUCAAUCGAAAAAAAGCCGAAGCUAGCACCGUUAUGCGACGUAGUGCAGUCUUCUUGCUGAUCAACAAAGAUGAAUACAGCAAAUUCGAAAACUCAAGGGCCUUUGCAGAGAUACGUGUUAACAUUGUGGAGUUUGUCCAAUUGGAAGACGGUGUUUCCUAUUUGUGUAUUCGGAACUUUACGGCCCUCGAUUUGGCGCUGAUUUUAGGGUUCGUGUUUGCAGACCGGGCCAAGCAUUGGGUUAGCAUCGGAAAAGACGAUUCGUCUCAUGUGCCGCGACAAGUGCCCAUCCGUGGGAGCUUUUAUAUUCACAAGUCUUGCAAGGAUGUGUUUGAGACUCGAGGACCCACAAACGGCGUCACCAUUGCCCAAUUUUCCGAGCUUUCGAUGUUCACAGAAAUUUCGGUGGAUCGAUACGGGAUACCGGCGUCAUUCGAUGCCGUUUGUGUGUUGUUGAGUAAGUUAAAAUUCCAAAAAUCGGUCGAUCGAGCCAAGCAGGAGUUUCAGACCAGUUUAAGAGACCUGACGCUAAAGAGGACCAUUACAGUGACCUCAAUACCGUUUCUAGACAGAGAUAUAUUGAUGGACCCUACCACAGUUUCAAAGGUCAACGGGCCAAUUGUCGAAGAGAGUAAAAAAGCUCUGGGCUCAUUUGUCGAGAGUGUGCUCAAGUACAACGAAGCGGUUCCCGUUGCAACCAAAGAAGCUACAGAUUCUCCCAAAGCAUCACCACAAACAAUACGCUCCACACGGAAAACCACCCCUGGUACAUCACGAUACAGCGGAUCCAACAACACAGAUCAAGCUUCCGCUAGAAAUAUUCCUGCGCGUGCCGUGGGUACGAAUGGUGGUGGUCGCACGUUGGACCCUCAAUCUCGAGGCUCAAAUGCUAACUACCUUACCCAAGAGCAGAUCAAAGACUACUGUGUUGCCACUGUUAAGGCCUCAAUCGAUGCGGUAAAAAGUAAAUCACCUUACCAGAUCUUAAAGACCUACAUCAAAUGUCCAAGACAGCACUAUGUUGACCUCAUCUACGACAACCUUCAUGAUCUGCGAGCAAAGACAAAUUGCAAUGCGGUAGUGAUGAAUCUGAACAACGUCCACGAAUCAACCGCUUGGUUUAAUUCGCUGGAUGUGUCCAAACAUACUAAAGACUCGAAAAUUGUUUCUGUUCCUCAUCCAAGCACCGUGAGAGUUGUAAGUAUCGGUGGUAUCGGCGAGCACAACCUUGAAGCAUUGAAGCUACUACUACAACUGCUCGAUUCCAACGUCUAG